AUGACCAUCAUGGCAGACGCAUCGUACCCUCGUCACAGUCCGGGCAAGAUGUCCGUCGCAGCAGAUGCAGAGUACGCGGUCGCCGCCACCAAAGUCUUUGGAAUUCCGGAGCUUCUCGAACUCAUCCUGAUCGAUGUGGCGCGCUCCGAAAUCGACUUCCAAUCCGGCCCUACUUUCAUCCAGUCGCCUUUCGUUCUCCGCGCCGUCAAUCGCGACUUCCAAAACACCAUCGAUGGUUCCGCAAGACUUCUGAGCCUUCGGUUCGAUACCCAGCACGACGAUCCGACCUGGGCUGAAGGCUAUGUAAGUGGUCCAGAGUUCGGACCUCUUUUCUGGCUCGAGACCAUGACCGGCCUCGACUGUAACUUCUUCUCUGAGGUGGAGGACGGGGUACUGCACAUUCGCUUGCUGUUCCACGCUAUUGACCACAUUCCGGCGAUGAAGAUACGCGCUGCUAGAGAGUCGAAGCGAAUGAAGCUCCGGAAAGACCUCCAAGGCUCCUGGCGUAAGACGCCAUGCGUGCCAAAGCGCAAGGACGUCUCCAGGGUCAUGCUCCACUUCAAGUGCUCGGCAAAGACGGAGGACAACAUCUCUUAUUUCGCUAUCUGCAACCCUGUGAUCUUGGGCCGGCGCCGACGCUGGGAUUGCUUUUGGAUAUGA